GACGGUUCUUGCACUUAUGCAAUUGUCAUGUCUACUCCGUCGCCUUCGAAUUCGCCACAGGAUAAUGUGAAGCCUGCAGAUUAUAGAGAUGUUUUUGCUGCCCGACAAUCAUACACCCAACAUACAGAUCCAUGCGAACAAGCAGCAAAAGCAUCUUUGAGCUGCAUGGACCGCAAUGACUAUAACCGGGACAAAUGUAUGGAAUUCUUCCAGGCAUAUAGGGACUGUAAGAAGGCGUGGCUGGAGCAGAGACGCGAGGAUCGUAGAGCUGGCCGACCUACGCCUAUAUGAACCGCAUCACAGUGCCUGGCCGCCGCACAUUGGUUGAUAUACACCUCGUCAUUUUUAUUUAGACACGAAUUUUUAUUUUGCGCGGCAUGAUAUAUCAUGAAGACGACGUAAAUUCUCCAGUGCGCUCGACAGCUUUGUUAACGGCUACAAUGGCACAUGUGCAACCACAGCCUCAAGCAAGUCCUCAGAACAUACUGGUGGAAGAAAAUUGUAUUCCAAGCGUAUGCUAUCAACCGUGCAUGUACAAAAUAAGUGUAACAAG